AUGAAUAAUAAUAGUAAUAAUGAUAAUGAUGAUAAGAAUAAUAGAUGUUACAUUGAAUAUAGUAGUAAUGAUGAUGAUAGAUGUUACAUUGAAUAUAGAAAGAUACCAACUAUACUAUUACUUCAAAUCAUUGGAUACUUGAAUAACAUUGAUUUAAUAUGUUUGUUGUUGACUUGUAAAUCAUACUAUUAUGAUUUGAAAGAUCAGUAUUCAUCUUCUAUUACCUUUAAAGGUUUAGAUAGAAUACAACAUUUGCAACAAAGAUAUGAUGGAACGAAGAAUAUGUUUAUUCAUUCAAAAGGACCUUAUCAACUCAAUGGGUUUACUAGUCUCUACCGAAAUGCGAUUAGUGAUCAGUUGAUGGUUGGAAGAGAUUUUGGAGCUAUUAAUUGUACCAAUCGAGUUGAUACUAUACAUCAAAUACCCGUGCCAACAACAGAGACUAAUGAAUCAAAUGCAUUGAUUACAACACUAUUGGUUGGUACACAAAUAGAUAUGACAAAAGAAGACAAGACGGUUCGUUUGCCACCAACCAUCACACGUCUAUCUAUUCGUAAGAAUGUACAACCACUAGUCACUGCAGCUAUGGGGUUACCAAAUUUAAAAGAACUCUAUGUAGUUGGGUACCAGCAGUCAACCCCUAACAACAACACUAUUCAGCCAUCAUUAGCAGAUACCCUACAUCUUGAUGGUGCCAGUAGUCUACGAUACCUAUGCAUCCGAAAUCAAAGUGCAUUUGAAGAGGUAUCAGUACCAAGGAACCUUGAAACGCUCGCUCUAUUGGGUCAAGCUCAACUAGACAAGAUUCAAGGGUUAUCAAGUAGUUGUAUUAAAACUAUGGACCUGUGUUAUUGCGAGACAUACGGUCUCGAUACGACAAUGACACCGAUACUACUGCCACGUACAUUGACAUCACUCAAUAUUAAAGUUGAAGACCCUUUACCAGACACCUUUGUAUUCCCACCGAUGCUCGUGUCCCUAACAUACCAAACCAAUGCGAGUGACCCACUCAAUAUUCAAAACUUGGUGCAUUUAGAGAGACUGGUUCUGACCGUCCCCAAUAUACUUCAAACAAGGAUUAAUAUUAUCUUUCCACCAGUCACUCAGAGCAGCAUCAAGUAUAUAGACUUGACAAACACAACAACUAAAAUACAACUACAAGAUUUAAAUACAUCUUGUAUCGAGUCAUUUAAAUGUCAACAUAUUUCACAAAUUCAAUAUGAUGAGACAACAACAACAAUGACCAAUCUAUUACCAAAUCUAAAAAGAUUUAAAGGUCAAGUAGAUUAUUAUCAGCAAAUAGCAACACUUUCAACCAAUCUACAAAUUCUGUCGACCCACUGCAUCGCUGAAAUAGAAUUCCCAAAAGAUUCAUUUCAACAACUAAAGAAAUUAACUUUUGUCUAUAAUAGAGGACAAGUAUUAUCGUCUAGACCAGUAUCAACCAACAUGAUCCCUCUUCCAGACAGUUUGACAUCUUUCUCACUCAAACGCCCCACAUCCGAUCUUUAUCACCAAUUCCCACCAAACUUGAUAUCGAUGGACUAUAGUCACGUUGAAUAUUCAAUUAUUUAUAUUCCAUCGUCUCUUGAAUCAUUGUCAAUUAGAUCUUUUAAAAGAUUUCCUAGGGAUCGUAUAUGUUCACUUCCUACAUUGAAAAUUAUAAAUAAUAAUAAUCAGAAUAAUCAAAAUAAUCAGAAUAAUAAUAAUGAUAAUAAUAAUAAUAUUAAGAAAAUUAGAAAGAAUAUUAUUAAUCAAAAUAAUCAGAAUAAUUUAAAUUAUGAUUAUUUACCAUCAAGUUUAAAAAGAUUAUCUGUCAAUAUGUUUUAUGAUUCUACACCAUUUAGAAUUAGUGAAAUCAUUCGUCACUCAAAUGUAGAGUCUUUAAGAUUCUUUUGUGGAACACAAAACAAACCAUUGGAAUUGGAACUUUCUAUUAGACGGUUGGAAGAUGACAGAGUAUUGAUCAUCGAUGACAACUCUACAUUUGGUGGCAUAGUUCAACUAAAAUAUACUUUGGAUAUGUAUAUUGAUAUGAAAAUAUAUAAUGAUUUAUAUUUAGUCAUUAAAGAUAAUAAACUUGAAAUUUUAUUUGAUUAUUAA